AUGCGCGCCUCCCUGUCCAUUAUUUCUUGGCUGGCAGUAGCCUCCUGGGCAGAUGCAGCUGCUGUCGAGGCCCGUGCUGUCCAAGCUACCACUGCCCCAACAGCUGCAUCCAGCAGUGCAACCGCCGAGCCGAACUGGUUUCAAACCACGCCUCAGAGCUACCAAGGCACUACUGCCACUGGCGCUGCACAAUUCCUGGCUGAAACGAACCCAGUCACCUUCGCACAUAAGUCAUUCACUGCCAAUGGGCCACUUCAAACAGGCGAGCCCAUCGAUGGAGCCGCUGGCCGCAACAUCUUCCAACAGAUGGGUGACUUGAGCCCCUACUUCUCACCUGCCGAAGGCUUCGGAGUGAACGAGUAUGCGCUCCCCAAGGGCUCAAAGAUUACGCAAAUGCAUAUGAUACACCGGCAUGGCGCUCGUUACCCUUCAUCCUCCGAGAACAUGGCCGCAUGGGCCCAGAAGAUCACCAAUUCUACUGCAUCCGGGAACAAAUUCACCGGCGCUCUGUCUUUCCUCAACGACUGGAGAUUCGGUCUGGGAGCCGAGAUACUCGCCCCCAAGGGUCGUGAGGAACUUUUCCAGAGCGGUGUUCUCAAUUGGUACAACUAUGGACAGCUGUACAACGAGAGUUCGACCCACAGGCUGGUCGUCCGCACCACGACCCAGGACCGUAUGCUCAAGUCCGCGGAGAACUUCCUCGCGGGCUUCUUCGGUCUGGAGUGGACUGAAAAGGCCAAUCUGACAUCUAACCUGAAGAAGCGCACCGCCGCGCUCGCAAAGCUGUCGGGCUCCUACAACUGGACUUCCACCGACUCCUACACGGCCCAGUCCCUCUGCACCUACGAGACCAUCAGCCUCGGAUACAGCCAGUUCUGCCAGCUCUUCACCUACAAGGAAUUCGAACACUACGGCUACACCAUCGACCUCAUGUUCGCCGCGCUAACGGGCUUCCAAAGCCCCGUCGGCCGCGCCAUGGGCAUCGCCUGGGUCGAGGAAUUCCUCGCCCGGGUCGAAGGCCAUUUCCUGCAGACCACAGGCACAAGCGCAAACAUGACCCUCGACACCAACCCGGCCACCUUCCCCACAGACCAGAACCUCUACCUCGACUUCUCCCACGACGCCGGCCUCGUCGCCGCCCUCACAGCCUUCGGCUUCAAGCAGUUCGCCCAGUUCCUGCCCGCCACAGGACCGCCCCACAACCAGCAAUUCUCCACCAGCAAGAUCGUCCCCUUCGCCGGCCGCACAAACAUCGAAAUCAUCCAGGCGCCGCACAAGGUCCGCGCUCGGCGUCCCGCAGGCUCGCAGGAGAACGCCUACGUCGCCGGAACACCCGAAACGUUCUACGUGCACUUCCUGCAGAACCAGCGCACGCUGCCCCUCCACGCCAGCUUCGACGAAUGCGAGUACCGCGAUGACGGCUGGUGCGAGCUCUCCACUUUCAUGGCCGUCCAGAAACAGAGCCUGCAAAAGGCGAAAUAUGAGUACUCGUGCUUCGGCAACUGGACCAUCACCGAGUAUGGAACCGUUACCGAUGGGGUUCCUGCUAACUAG